UAAAGUCGAGCACAAGUUAUGGCCGGUAAUCUUGUGAAGUACAUGCUUCAAAUUAACAACAUUCCCUGGACGAUAGGUCGUCAGCAGCUAGCAUUGUACUUCUCCCAGUUCGGCUACGUGCAAAAUGCCACUGUAGUGUUCGAUAAGCAAACAGGUUUCAGUCAAGGUUACGGGUAUAUCACGUUCUUGAAAAAGCAACACGUGGAUUCCGUGUUGCAACACGAACACACCCUGGAUGGACAGAAUUUGUCCGUGAUGAUUAAAUAUGGCGGGGAGGAUCUGAAUAACGAAAAAUUUGAUACACGUAACUGAAAGAAAGAAAGAGAUAGAUAGAGA